AUGUUCAGCUAUGGAUUAACGAACAUGCUUUUGAGCGCGUUUCUUGGUUCAGCGAUGAAUCACAUCGGUACUGUCACCUUAAUGCUAGCCGGUUUCGCCUCUCAGCUGUGCUGUCUGUUCGUCAUGUGGAUGUGGAAGCCGGUUGGCGAUGAUCAACCUAUUCUUUACGUCAUCGUUACGUCAUGGAGCGUAGGAAACAGCAUCUGGCAGAUCGUUGUAAAAAUGAUGCUGUACGAGAGCUUCCAGGAGCAACCGGAUGCGCCGUUCGUAAUUUUAUACGUAGGCAACGCGUUUGGCCUCAGCAUGGGAUUUCUCAUCAAGCCGUUCGGUACCAUGGAGCACAAAAUUUAUGUGGUGGGGCUCGUUCUAGUGAUUGCCGUGGCAAUGGCGAUCAUGCAAGAAACGAAUCGGCAGAAGAUGCUGGUUAUGUCAAGCCGAACAUAG